AUGCCCAAAGGUCCCAAGUCCAUCGGCGUCCUGUGCGCUGAGCUGGGCAUGGACGGCGUUGCCGAGUCCAACCUCCGCAAAGAUGCGCAAUCCUACCUCAAAUCUAACAUCGACGACCUUCCAAAUGCACCCGAUGAAGCCAUUGAACCCGUCGCCUCUGCCUUCCUCGAGUCCGGAGGUGGUAGCCGCCACUUCUCAUGGGACGCUGCUCUGAAUUAUCAAUGGGAGGCAAGCGAGCAUCGUCUGACCAUCCUCAACUACGUAACCGAGAUUAUGAAGAUGCAACGCUGGUAUACCAUCGACCGCCUUCAUAAGCGCAUUAAUGGUGCCGCCAACUGUCCCGGCUGCUUGUUGCACUCUCCAAAGCAAGGAAGUCCGGAGACCGUCGACGGCGAGGGUGCUGUUGACCGCGUCAUAGUUUAUGCCAACGAGUCUUCUGGUGAAUCCGAUGCCGGAAGUAUUCAUCACGCUUCAGGCAGAGACGAUGCGCUCCUACGCAGCGAAAGCAGAAAGCGACAACGUACCAGCCGCUUUAGUAUUUCCGAGAAGAAGCAACGCAAAUCAACGGGGCCGCCAGAAGAGACUGGCACAGUCGUCGGCCUGAGAGAAGAACCUCAACCCCAAGUCCCGCCUAAUAAUAACACAAUUUUUCCAAAUGCGAGACCUUCAACAACCGGCUCAAACGCGCACGCGGGCUUCACACCAGUCAACCCAGCGGUCGUCAUUGAAGCCCCGCGUCUGUCUCAGCCUGAAGCUCAAUCCCCUGCGCUGGCUCCUUCUCCAACGCUCAAUUUCAAGGAUUUCAACCUCUCGAUGCGCUAUCGCGGCAAGCAGUGGCACUUCAACAGCAUCGCGCACAAAGCCAAAGUUCUCGAGCAGAUCCUCCUCCAAGAAGAGAAGGACGUCGAGGCCUACCCAAUUUUGGCGUUCUCAAAGGGGGUCAAGAAAGCGGCGUUUCGAGGCGAUGAGGACUCCGAUGGAGACGACAGCGUCUUGAAAGAUUACUUCCGCUUUUACACGCAUUUCAUGAACGACAGAUUCCCCAGCAAUGAGAAGAUAUUGCUGGAAAAUGGAGUGAGACCUUCGGCGUAG